UCUCCUCGGACUUCGAUUGUCUUCUCCCCUGUCUCCGCCGCCGCCCUACCCCUCUUCUCGCCGGAGCCCCCUACAUGGACCGGCAACCCCAGGACUACGCGGCGGCGGCCAUGGCGUACGCGCAGGCGCAGCAGCCACCGCCCCCGCAGUACGGCGGCUACCACCCGCAGGCGCCGCCGCAGUACCCGCCCCACCCUUACGGCGCUCCGCUCCCGCAGUACCCGCCCUACGCGCGCCCCAUGCCGCCGGCCUACUCGCACCUACCGCCGCACCAGCAGCCGCCUCCCCCGUACGCGGCGCACCCGCCGCCGCCGCAUGUCAUGUCCACGCCCUCCCCGCCGCCGCACCAUCCCUACAUGCACCCGCCGCCGUUCGAAUCCGCUCCGCCGCCGGCCGCGCCCCCCGCUGAUCCGGAGCUCCAGAAGCGCAUCGACAAGCUCGUUGAGUACAUCGGCAAGAACGGGCCGGAAUUCGAGGCCAUGAUCCGCGACAAGCAGCACGACAACCCGGACUACGCCUUCGUCUUCGGCGGGGAAGGCCACGCCUACUACAGGUACAUGCUCUGGCUCUUGCCGCGCCCACCGGUGCCAGCGCCGUACCCGCCGGGGUCGAUGCAUAUCAUGCCGCCGAUGGGUCCUAUGAUGAGGGGGCCGCCGAUUCACCAGCCGGGGUACCCGCCAUUCUAUGACCAGCACCAGCAGUUUGCCGCUCCCCACGGCCAUGGGGAGUAUGAGGCUGCAGCGCAACCGUUCAAGGGACUAUCCGGGCCGCUACCCACUGAUGUUGCUGCUGAGCUGCAAGAUGUGCUUAACAAUCUUAAUGGCACCAAGGAAUCAAUAAAGGGAGCAAAAUCAUGGUUUAUGCAAAGGUUACCAUUUGCGCCGGCUCUGGCUGAAGCUCUUAGGGAGAGAGUAUUUACCUUGGAGGAUUCGGAGCGUCAGCUGCACAUAAUUUUCCUGGUGAACGAUAUUCUUUUUGAAAGCUUACAAAGACGAACUAAUAUUCGGAACCUCGACAAUGAGGCUAUUGCUUUUAAAUCUGUGCUGGGUUCCAUGCUUGCAAGGAUUUACAAUAAUCCACAGAGCAAAGAUGACAGCCACACUCGUGUUGAGAAAAUCCUGCAGUUCUGGGGUUCAAAGGAAGUUUACGACCAGGAAACCAUUGUUGACUUUGAAAGAGAGAUGAAAGGUGGGUUGGCAUAUCCUUUGGCACCGCGACAUGUUUCACCAGAUCCCUCUACCUUUUCAGGAUCAGCACCAGUGCCCUCAAAAUGGUCCUCAGAACCUCCAGAGAAGGAAAAGGCAAUCCAUCCUAUCUCUGGUCCACCUCAAUCUGCACCCUCUGCACAAUUUUCAGCAAAUCAACUCCCAGCUGGUGUUUAUCCUCCUGUAGCUCAAACUACUUUUCCAGGAUCUUUACCAGUGCAACCAUCUUUGAUUCCUUCUGCGAUUCCUCAAAGCACAGCUGCUCCUACAAAUGACUCAAAUCCACCUCCUUAUCCACUCUUCCCACCUGGCCUCAUUCCUGGAAUGGUUCGUAAGAUGCAGAUUGGGAGUGGAGUGCCAUACUCUCCCUUGAGCCCACUUGACAUCCCCACAGUCAUCCCUCCGUCGACCGUUCCAGAGUCUGAGAUCCUUGAGCGUGUAUCAAAGUUCUUCAGUGAGAUUGGGGAGGUAAACCCAUCAGAAGGUCCGAUGAGACAGAGCGAGCAUGAUGAUUACGAUGACUACGAGAGGGAACUUCCUGCUCGAAAGGGAGGGGCAUGUAUUCCUCCCCCGCCUAACCUGCUUGUAAACCCCGAGACAGGGAUGCGUGCUGAUGGUAGCAUCGAAAGCAAACCGGGGUCCAGCGGCCGGUUGGGUCUGGGAGCUUCUGCUGAUCCGAACGAGGUGAGCCAGUAUGGUGAUGUCUAUUCUUCAUAUCGCAAGCAGAGGAGCACCACAUACCAUUCUUCCAUCACUUCUCGCUCCACGUCAAGGUGAAAGCUGCAAGCCUGCAAACGCUUCUCAUUUUCCCUACUUUCGCCUCACGAUGUAUGUGACGAUGUAAUGCUGUAUGGUUCUCUUGUUAUUGCGCAAUGCAACUUUGCCCUGUCACAGCACGUGUACUACAGCUCAUGUAUGCCAAUUGCAAAUUAUGGAUGUUAUGGAGAUUAGCAGUUUGCCUGUCCUACAGCUGGAAGGACUUGUUUUCGAGAAAUCGACAUGAAGUUUGCCACUUGCAAA